CCGGAUUUAAUUUGACCUCGUGUGGUAUUCGGUAAGAAAAUUCCACACCAAAUUGUGUUUAAAUAAUUAAAAUUUAUUUUUUGAUUUAACUUGACCUCAACUUGAUUAUUUAGUUACCAUGGCAACUAAGUCAACCCCAACCUAAAAGUUAUUUCAGUUUUGAAGCUGUCAAGCGGCACGACGUAAAAAAAUGUUUCGCUUCGGUCAAGAAAGCAAAGGAAAUAUUCGCCAGGAGAUUAAGCAGUUGACACCCGCGAAUACUAGGAAAUCGAAGUCAAGCGUAUGGAAGCAGUUUACAAACUUUUGCGCAGAAAAAUCGUAUGAUUUCGACAGAGCGGAUAUACAUGUAGAAGAACUGGCGCUUAUUCUUGAAGACUAUGGGUUCAGCAUGCGAAAGAAGAACUCCGAAGACUACAAGGAGAGUGUUAUCAAAGUUUUAUGGAACUCCACAGCAAAGCAGUUGCAGGAAUAUUUUUUCGAAAGGUAUAAUCGCAAAUUUAAUCCAUUCUCUGACAUAGAAUUUGUGAACGCAAGAGCGGCAAAAAAUGCUAAGCGUCGGAAGCUACAAAUGGAUCCAACCAAGAGAAAGGCAAGUUCAUCCGCACUAUCAGCAGACGACCCAGCAAACAGAACCACGUUUUAAUCACGUUUUUUUUUCGUCCCAUUUCGCCGAAAAGACGUCUUUUUAGGACGUAAAUAUCACGUCACUAUGACGUUCAAAUGGCACUCUUCUGAGACGUCUUUUAAUUACGUAAUAUACUCGUCUUUUAACUACGUAAUAUACCUGUG